UUUAUGCUGCGUUGUAGCGUUUGAAUGUGUUGUUGCGAUUAUUUUUACUGUUCUCACUGUGUUUGUAAAUUGUUUUUUAUGAACUGUAUUAGCGUAUUUUUAGAAGCGGGAUUUUCUAUCUUUGCUGAUCCACUAUCUCCUAUGCGGAUUAUUAUGUAUUAAGCUGAGUCGUCAUAGUAAAUAACCUACGCUGCGUCCGGAAAGUGUUACUUAAGUUCCCUAGAGAUCACCGAAGCGUGCCCUUGCUUCUCCUUGGAUUAAUAUACAGCGUCACUCUCACCGGUGAUCGCUCAGAAUUUCCACCUGUUUGUGCCGUCUGCCUUUUUUUCCCCUUUUUUCGGGGGUGUGUUACGGUUAAUUCGAAUGUUCGUCAUUGAUGCUAGUAUCCCUAAAUAUCUGCGUAGUUCGCCCAUCAUUGCCCUGUUAUCGUCUCACGCGAUGUGUAGCAUCCGCAGUGGGGAACAAUCUCCCUGCGCCAUCCCUUCUCGUGUCUGGUGGUGUCUUUCUGAACAAUUGCUGUCGGCUUUUUCUCAUAGUUCGUUAAAUAAAGUGCAAGUUUAAUGAUGUCCUCGCUAGGAAAGGUCAACUUGGGUGGUCCGCAGGCAGAAAAACAACUGAUAAGACGAUAAGAACCCAUGAAGGCAUCAUGUGAAGUACCCUUUCGAACCUUAUCUCUUUCUUAGUCACCGUGGAGCGACUGUAUGUAUGUGUUGCUCACAUAGGGGAUAAGAUAUCGUAAUAUAUAAUCAUUUUCUCUUCUAGAAUAUUAUAAUACACAUUUUUAUAUCUGUGCAGUUUGUCAAGUGUAUGAUAUUACAAUUCUAACGGUCAUUCGUGAAAAAUAUAAACGUAAUGUCCACGUGAAGGAUGCGUCUACAAACAAGAUGGCUAUUAGCGGUUGUUUUAGGAGGAAUUAAAGCUCUAGAAUAUUACAGACAUGGGAGAGGGGCACUUAAAAGAUUAUGGACAGUUUAUGAGAUCUUUUACAGUUGAUGAGCAUGACCCUCCUUGAGAGUGUUUCAUUUUUUCCCCUUUUCGACGUUGCCAGAAUAGUUUGCGCAGUUGUUAUCUUUCAUAUAUUUUUUAUUUGAAUUCCGUGUGAGCGCCGUGAAGACACUGUGACUAUGAGCUGCGUACAGACGUGAACAAAUGGAGAGAGGGCAGCAGGAAGGAGUUGGAGACAGGAGGGACAUUGGUCUGACCUUGGAAAACCCAUGACGACGAACCAGCAAACCAUCAGUGCAGGGUCCAAAGACUGACACGUGAUCCGCGGGGUAUGUGGACAAACAUCACGUGAUGUCCAACAAAGGUAUUCGUUGAGUCAUUCGAAGACACUCUCUCAUCCAACCAAGGGCACCCAGUGGAACUGCAACGCUUGUACGCUUCUAUAACAUCGAAUAAGAUACCUUGCUCGUACUCCGCUACCUGAGCUGCCCAGGACGUUAAGCCUGAGUAGGUAGAAGCACACAGAGGGACGACAUCAACACAGGAGCACACAGUCUGUGUGCCAAGGCUCAGGCUUUUACGUAAUGGACUUCUACCACCAGCUUGCCUGCAUAUGCGCCAUCUCGUAGGGUUUCCUUGCUCUGCUGUACGGAAUUUCUCGCUUCAUCUCCAAGGACAUGGCUUCGACACCUGAAUUUGAUCUCGAAUUGGAAAGGUCGCCAGAGUGGGAAGACGUCAGGAAGGAAAUACACGAAGCCAUUGCGGAGGAAGACUAGGCUCGUGUUCUAAAGUGCCUGGAUGCUGCACCUGCUUUGAAACUUUGGCUGGAUCCCGUUAAAAAAAUGUCAGCUCGUUACAGAGCUGUUAAAAUGAAAGCCGUCCGUAUACAUGGCCUCUUAGUCUCGCGUGGAUGUGGACUCAAGAACGACAAAGAAGCAUCGUAUUAUCGAUAUCUGACAGGCGUUCAUCGAGCUGAAAUUCGACGGCAACGAUACUACACCAAAGAAUGCAAAGAAUCCUACAUCUAUUACUUGAAAAGCAAAUCAAGGAGCCACGUCGGAUGUGAUGACCUCGAGGGGCGAUUGGAGAAGAUGUUCAGGGAACUUUCAACCGACCAAUUAAACGAGGAAAUAUUGAAAGUUGUUGCCACAGCACCGCAUCUGGAUAUACUAUUCGACUACAACAGUAAAAACGUUCAGGGGAUCACGGGGUGCAGCGACAGCGGCGUCCUCGGACUUGCUGAUUACGAAAAGCAAAGAAUUUCUAUCGGAGGCAGAGGAACGAAAGCCGAAGUCCGGGGCACGUUCAUUCACGAAUCUUGUCAUUUGGCACUUCAUCUGGUGUAUAAAAAUUAUGGCAAGCCAUAUUUCCGCGAAGAUACCGAAAUGAAACGGAGAUACAGAGCCAUUCUGGAUGACAUAAAACGAAGAAAAGACGAUGUGGAUCACUUGAUACGACUAGCUUUGAUGAAAAAUGAAGAACAAGAAGCGAUUGUUCGUAUCCCACACAUACUAACUCAAUAUGGCAGCGAUCGUGGAAAUAGGGUUCUCGAAAAGGAGGUACCAGAACUACGAAAGUUUUUCGAGGAUACUAUCAUCCCGGACAUGGAGAAAUACAUUCAAAAUGGAAUCCCGUCGAUAGAUGCGACAAUGAUAGAAAAGGUAAACGAGAGACUCAACAAAGCUUUCAACAUUGGCAAACUGAAGGUCAAUUUCGAGAACCAACCGAAGAACAGUGUCUGGGAAAACGGGUUGCUUCACGUAGUUACGGGCCCAGAACUGAGGCUUCUCGAAAUAAUGGUUCACAACGCUGUGCAAUCUACGGGACUGCCGUAUAUGUUUUUCGAUGCAAAACAGCUGGACCCCGCACUGAAGGAUGUGUUACUAGACUACAAAUAUGCUUUUGCGCUUGUAACGGUCCAACGAAACGAAAACGUCCAAAAGAUGAUUAAACUUUUCGGUGAAGUAUCCUGUGUCACUGGAUCGAAAGUCAUCUUGCUCGUGGAAGACAGUGGUAAAGACUACUUGGUGAAACAAGUGCAAGAAGAUGCAUUCUUUGGCGAGAGGCACAAAGUUCAUAGGAUCGACGAAGCAAGCUUUGCGCACGUCACAUAUAUCUGCAAAAAAGGAGUUUUCGAAAAUUCCCGCCUAAAACUUCAAGGCGAAGACCUUUCUAAGCUUUCGGACGCAACGACUAUAGAUGCCUUCUUACGUUGCGUAGACACUGCGGUUUUCCUAAAGCUAUGCGAGUCGGGGAACAUUGACCUGGGACCUCCUCUUCAAGAACUAGAAGAACGUGUUCAGAACUAUUAUGUGGAACGAGCGUGUAGAAGAGCCGUGGAAAUUAACUUGAAGGAAUGCAAUCUGGAUGACGACAGUGAGGCAUUCGCUCUUCUGGGCUGUACACACAAUCAGGUCGCAACACUUCUACCUCCCGGUUGUAAGCCAAAAGCCAAGGAGGAAUUAGAGAAGUUCGAGAAAGUCGUACUCAUACGACAGUCAGGUAACUACGAAGCUCUACUGGAAAAUGUUCAUUUCGAAAACAAAAUAGUGCACCUGCUAAAGUUCGACGAAUCUUGUACUAGGCUCUUGUGGACCACAUCAAAUGGACGUCUCAGUCACCUUCCAAUGACGACAAGUGAGAGUUACACCGAGGACGUGUUGUUGAAGGUAGACGAGAACGUUGUCAUAGUCUCUGGUGCACCAGGUAUGGGAAAGAGUAUGCUGGCAAAGCGCUUGUGCACAGAAGUAAAAAAUCGAGAUAUGAAGCGGUGGGUGAUGUACGUCGACCUUCCUCAGAGAAUGGCAUCUGUUAAAACAGCGUUGGCGAGUCAAGCGGAUAUGUGCAAGUAUCUAGCGGAUCUGUGUCAAGUACACAAAGAUGGUCUAGAGUUCGCUUUGUUCGAAAAAAGUUUGAACGUCGGAAGCCCUUUCGAGAUUGUCUUCAUCUUGGAUGCCUUCGAUGAACUGAACAAGGAAUACCGCAAGUGCGUCUUGGAGCUUACAUCGUUUAUAUCUCAAAAGAAAUCUCACAAGAUAUAUAUGUUUACUCGUACUGUAUUUAAGACCCAUGCACAAGAUGCUCUGCACACGGUGUCAUAUGAACUCCUUCCUUUUUCAGCCGAAAAUCAGGCGGAGUUCAUUAGAAAAUAUGAGGAAACAGCUCAUUCAACCAAUGAAAACGAUGGAGCUUCCGAGCUGUUCCAGCGACUGCUCACGAACUUGAAGGAGACAAACGAGACAAUCCUAGAAACCCCUCUCCUGCUUCGUAUGAUCUUUGAAAUGAAGAAUGGGGAAAUUGCAGAGUCUGACGAUUACUCUUCGUUACUUAAACGUGCAAACAUAUCGGCCGAUAAGAACUUAUAUAUUGUACACGUGUACAAGUUGUUUGUGUGGUACAAGCACCUUGUAUUCAGAAUUGAAAAAAGAAAAGAAAAUAUCCGCCUACACGCCAUACAAGAGGAGAAUAACUCCGCAGCGCUUCAGUUUUACGAAAACCAUAAACUCCUGGCUAUGAAGUGUAUAUUCCCUCAGGAAGCCUUGAAAUACUUGCUGAACAAAGACGAACUAGAGAAUUUAGAGCCCGAAGGACGUUUAAUGAAGGACGCAGCUAAUAAUUGUCUCAAAGAAGGUUUUCUGAAUUGUCUGAACAACGGAAUUCCAGAGUUCGUUCAUAAGACAUUCGCUGAAUUCUUUGCAGCCGAUUACUUACUGAAAAAAGCGAAGGUAAGAGAAAAUUUCGACGUGAGGGGUGUUAUUGGCUAUCUGUACCGUGAAGAAGAAUACGGCGGUGUAACGUUGUUGUUCGACGCACUGGCAUCGGAGUCCUUUCCCCUUCACUCUGCUGUGAUGAACAAUGACGCUUCAUAUUUUAAGCAGCUCGAUAUCCAAAGAGAGGAUAUGUUGAAAGUCGAUGAGCUCGAAAGGACCCCACUGCACUUAGGAGCCCUGCAUUCUGAUGAAGCAACAUUGAAGAAGCUUCCGAUGGAUAAUAAGCUAAUCAAGAAGGAUUUGUUUCAAAUGUCACCGUUUGGGUACGCAGAGCUGUGGUCUCCAUGGGACGCAAAAUACGCUGGAGAGUGGAUGGAAGGCUUGCGGACUGAGACUUCGGCUGUGAGAGACAGACUCAACGUGUUAUGCGCUCGAUACAGUGAGGAAGCAGUGAAACAUUCUACCGAAAAUCUACGGACAUGUGAAACCUUGGAGCGAAAGAGACAUUUUCUUGAACGAGCAAUAUUCACGGCUGUGACACACGACCUACGAGGCGUUUUAGACGUGUGUCUGAGCUAUGUGUCCCCGAGAGAGAGUACAGUAGAUCUGCACAGAGACAUCAUGGACCAAUUAGAAUCACGCAAGAAACGAAGCUUGAGAUGUUCUGCAGAGCCUUCGGUAAUUGGAAACCUUGAUAGUUUUGCAGACAUUAGCAAUAGAACUGUCCUUUUUUACGCAAAGUCCGAGACUGUUUGUAAAAUGCUCCUUCCUUACUGCGAUAUGGGAAUUCUUGAUAAGGAUGGAAACACAAUGUUGCACAUUAGUGCGAAUGAAGGAAAUCUGGAGACAACACAGUUUUACCUCGCACAUUUAUCCGUUAACAAUAGAAAUGGACACUUUCGAACUCCUUUGCACUUGAGUGAAGAUGCAGAUAUUGUGAAGCUACUUCUUCCUCUUUAUUCCUCAGUGAAUGUUCUCGAUUAUAGUGAAGAAACUCCGGUAGAUAUAUGUGCAAAGAGAGAUGAUUUGGAGGCCAUGAAGUUGUUACUCCUUCGCACUCGGACAUAUGACACACAUCACAUGAGACCGAAGACAACGCUUCAUGUGGCUUCUGCCUCUCUUUCCCUUAAAGCUGUGACGUUUCUUCUACCUCACACAAAUACGUACAUGCUUAACUGCGAAGGACAAACGUGCUUAGAAGUUGCUUGGACAAGUUGGAAAUAUAAGAAGAGUUCGGUGUCCAACGUUGUGAGUUGUCUCAUCCCACACUCGCUCGUGAACUCACCUGAAACGUUCGGCUCAUCACCGUUGUACGUCUGGGCGGGAGGUGGUGAAAGGAAAGUGAUGCAAACUCUAUGGCCUUAUUUGCGACACAGUGACCCUAGGCAUGCACAGAGGAUCAGCAGAAGCUUUGUGUAUGUGCGGGUGAACGAGGAUUUCCAACAAGAAAUUUCGUGUCUGAAACAUCUCUUCCUCCAUUUAGAUGUCAUCGCUGGUGAUCCUGAUAGCCGCAAACUGCUACAUGAUGUGGCCAAGAAGAAGCUACGUGAGAUAAAAGAAGAAAAUCUCAUUAAUUACAUGAAGCUGUUACUGCCGCAUUUAAAUCUCAGUGAGCAGGAUUAUGUAGAACGUGGAGUAAGAAAUGAGGACAUUGUUACGUUAUAUCGGAGAUGGUCGGACACGAAUAACACCGAUGAUCCCCACAUUGAUGAUGUCGACACGGAAAUGGUCGAUGACGAUGGCAAUACGAUGUUGCUCAUAGAAGCAAAGGAAGGUAAUGUGGAAGCUGUGGAACUUCACCUCUCACAUUCAUCUGUGUGCUUUACAGAUGAAAAAGAGAACACUGCAUUGCACUUGAGCGCGAGGAAGGGACACACAAAUGUGGUGAAGUUCCUCAUUCCUUUUUAUACAUCAGUGGACGUGAUCAAUGUGCCUCGAAUGACGCCCAUGCAUGUGUGCGCCUCAAAUGGACACCUGGGCGUUGUAAAGUUAUUAUUACUCCGCUCUAGAAUGAGUUUCCGUGACAAGUAUAGAAUGACACCUCUUCACUGGGCCUGUUACAGUGGUGCCGUUGAUAUUGUGAACUUCCUUCUUCCACACUCGUUCCCUAAUAUGCGCAACAUGUUGGGUUACACGUGCGGCGCUCUUUCCGCUGAAGGAAGGAAAAUGAAUGUUCUGAAAUGCCUCAUCCCUCACUCUCUUAUAAACUGUCCUAAUUUGAUGGGCGAUUCACCUACGCGAAUCUGUGCAAGUUGUUAUAUGAGAGAAGAGCUGGUGACAUUAUUGCCAUAUUCUUGUGAUUAUGACGCUGCGAGUUUAUUGACUAUUCUCCCGCUCUCAUUUGGUAAGGACGAUAUGAGUACGAGAACUACGCCUUGUCUGAAACUGAUGGUACUCCACUCAAAUGUCAAGGCAGUAGAUGAGUGUUUCCGUGCAACACUCAGCCGCAUUCGAAAGUAUUAUCUAGAGUGUGAUUCAUCCUGGCGUCUAACAGAGACUAUGAUAUCACUACUCCUGAAAUAUAUUCCUCUCUUGCUUCCACAUACAAAUGUUUCUGCUAAGGAUGGUGAAGGCAAGAAACUAUUACAAGGAGCCCUCCGAAGUAGGAAAUAUCCCAAAUUGGUUAGCUUCCUUCAGAAAUGGACUCGCUUGAGUGACUUUCAUUCAUGAUGCUGACGAUUGUUGGCAACGGUUGUGGUUAAGCACCAAGUGCCACUGAGCUGUCAAUGGACACGAGCUCUGAAGAUGAUAUAGCAGUUUUAAUAGAGGUAUCAACAGCAGUAUACUGAGUCCUUGCCUUCAUCCGAGAAAGCACAAAUAUUCAUCCAGUGUCAAAAUGAAAGAAAAAAGAUCACUUUUCUGAUUUUUUGUGAUUGUGAUUAUGACUUACGCAUUUUGUUUCUUAUUCCUUAUGUUACAAAGUACUAUUCCGUAGUAGGUUCGUAAGGUGAUUUGAAAAUGUGUAAAAAAUGUGUCUAUUCCUAAUGUGCUAGUAAUAUGGUUAGCUAUGAUAUGACACAGUAUUAGAAUACGGCUGCGUGCGAUUAUGUUCGGUGUCAAAUGUAUAUACCCAAAUGUCAAAUGUAAAUGAACAAAAGUGUUUUUCGCACAUUGGAGAAGGUUUAAUUCAAAUUAUUUUGGAACUCUCGCUCACUUCGCUGCAGAGUUGAAUAAAGUAAAUAUUGUCGAGCGAAACACAUGUGUGAUACAGUCGUACUUUUAUUACGACCUAAUAAAUGUAAGGGUUCCAAAUUGCUUUUCCAGUUAUCGUUACAGAUUACGGAACAUAUUACUUUGAAGUAAUCAAGGUUCGUGUAAAGGAACCUCGACUGACUCAAAUAUGCCUGUUACAAAUUAGAUUUGUGUACGUGUGAUUAAAUGAUUAUAUGCAGUUGUC